AUGCUUAUUUUUAUUGGUGCACUUGUUUUCUAUCUUGAAUUAACUUUAGAACAAUUUACUAGUGCUGGUCCACUAGCUGUUUGGAACGUCAAUCCAUUAUUACGAGGUGUUCCAUCAUUGGGCAACGUUGCAUAUUUUAAUGCUUUAUUUCCUUAUGUAAUGUUAAUUGUCUUAAUUAUUCGUGAAGCAACAUUGAGUGGUGCUAUUGAAGGUAUUAAAUUAUAUAUGGGAACAGUUAAUUUCAGUGCAUUAAAAAAUUCCUCUUUUUCUAUUAUGGAAACAAAAAUGGCUCGUAUUAUUGAUGAAUAUAAAAUAUAUUUAAAUACGCCAAAGAAAAUUGUUAUAUUUUGA